AUGGAUGCGGUGGAUGGGUCGUCGUCGUCGGAAUCAACGAGCGAGGAACCGACGGGCGCGCGAGGUGGCGAGCGGUGGACGACGACGCGAGCGAGGUACAUGGAUUACGAGUGGCGACGGCGCGCGGCGCGCGUGGAGGCGGCGGCGCGGGCGCGGGCGACGCGGGAGGCGGCGGCGAGGCGGCGGCGGACGGGGACGGCGGACGGGACGGCGGGCGGCGAGGUACCGAACGCGGCGAGGCGUGAGCGGAGCGAACGCUUGGCGGGAAGGCACUCGAGGAAAAAGGUGGAGGCGGAGGUGUUGGCGCGGCGGCGAAUGGAGGAGACGUUCUCGCCGAGGGUGCACGUCGAGGCGCGGAGGCGAGACGCGAGCGGAGAGACGACGCUGGAUAAGCUCGCCAAGCCGAAGACGGCGAUGUGGGAACGCGCGGCGAACGAGAAAGCGGCGAGGGAUGCAGAGGUUUUCGGAGCGAACUGCACGUUUGCGCCGAAGACGGGGCGGAAACCCAAGGCAUCGAGUUCGAAACCAGCGAGCGAGCGGUUGUACGAGCUCGCCGAUAAAAAGUUGGAGAGCAGAGAGCGCGAACACGCGCGCUUGGCGGCGGAAGAGAUGGGAAACCUGACAUUUCGACCGUCGGUCCGAUCACCACCGCCAGAGGUUCGUGCGAAGAUCGCCAAGGUGCCGCCGCUGCACGAGCGUGUGAACGACGUGUUGCGAGCGAAGGAACGCGUGAAAGAAACGGCUCGAGCCAAGGUCGAGGACGAACUCUCGAAAUCGCACACGUUCAAACCGACGCUUAAUCCGACGAGCGUGGCGCUGGCAAAGCAGCGCGCUGAGAUUGAAAGGUCUAUGGCGGACGGCGCCGACGAGCGCACCUCGGCGCCUAGACGUCGGUUCAGAACGGAUGACCCUGACGCAGAUUUCACGUUCGAGCCAAAGCUCGUGUCCAAGAGUGGGAAAGUUGUCGACGAAUUGACGCGAAGAGGGAAGCUGGGCGCUGGGUUUCUCGAGCGGCAGCGAGAUUUCAACGAAAAAGUUGCGCGGCGCCGAGCAGAGCAACAGCUCGCGAAGGAAGAUGACGAGUGCACAUUCACGCCAGACAUUGGAAACGCGGGCGAGGUGCUGCGAAGCGGUGGACGAUACGUUCGAAACCUCAUCGAGACCCCUGAGGAGCGCGCACGACGGCUGGCUUUCGAUGAUGCGGACAUGAAACGGGCGAAGCAGAGCGCUCGCGAACGCGAACACUACGAGCAGUUCACGUACAAGCCCAAACUCAACGAAAAGUCGCGCACGCUCGCUCCGUACGGCAGCGCGAUCGAUGAUCUCGCUCGGGAUGAACGACGUGAGCUAGCGCGUAAACGCGCUCAGGCUGAAAUCGAGCGAGAGUUCAGGCAAGAGCACACGUUUGAACCUAAUCUGGAUCGCUCGAGCGACGCGCAGCGAGCCAGACACAAGAGUCAACGCUCGAUGGAUUAUGGCGUGGGUGGCGACGCGGUUAGCGCGCGCAUAGAUGCGUAUCGUCGCGAGAAGGAGAUCGCGCUCGAGAAUCUCCGCAAGCGAGCUGAGUAUCGCGAGCUUGAAGAGUGCACGUUCCGGCCGGAGACGACCACGCUCGACACUCGAUCCAUGUACUCACCCUCGAUAUCCAAGGUCAAAGGAGUGGACUCAUUCUUGCAAAAGCAAGCCAAAGCACGUCAGAUUGAAGAAGAAAAGCGAGAGCGAUACGCGAGAGUUUUCUAUGAGGAACUGGACGAUUUCGAUCGCCGACACAGGCGCACAAUUCCUGAACCUUUCAGCGUGGCGGAGAACGUGGACGAGAAAGCAGCGCGACGGCGCAAGGCAUUGGCGGAAGAGCGAGUCCGUCGUGAGCUCGAGGAGUGCACUUUUGAACCGGCGACGAACGCAUCGCGAAGAAGCUAG